AUGGAGGUGAGCCCCGUGUCCCCUAUUUUAACCUCACCAACUGAUGGACCUGGUCAGUGUGAGAUCAGUGUCUCCAGCAUGGCCAUGGACUUUGUGACGCUGGCCAUUGGCCUCUGUGGGCUGGCUGGGAACGGGACUUUCCUCUGGCUGGUCCACAUUAAUCCCAUCACCGAAUUCAUCUUCUACCAAGCCAUCGCCGAUGUCCUCUUUCUCAUAUUCAUGGUCCCCUCUACCCUUCUCUUCCUUGUGGAGGAAGUAUCCUGCUCUGCUAUAAUGCCCCCAAUGUAUUUGAGCUUGCUUUUCCAGCUGUCGCUGUUCACCUACACCAUGGGGCUGUACCGGCUGACAUUCAUCAGCAUCGAGAGGUGCAGGUCUGUCCUCUGCCUGGUAUUCUGUGGCUGCCAAUUUCCUGAGCGCUUGCUGUUGGUGGUGAUGAAUGUCCUCUUCUGGGCCCUCCUCUUCGUUGUCAUCGCUGUCAAUCCCAUGGUGACUUCCCAGUGCCAGUCACACGAGCAGGAGCAAUGCUGGGUCGUUCUCACCUCCAUGUACUCCCUCAAUGUCUUCCUAUUUGCUGCACCCAUGCUCAUUUCCAGCACAAUCCUCUUCAUUCAUCUCAAGCCUGGCUCCCAGCAGCAGCCACACAAGAGACUUGACAUUGUUGUCUUCCUCGUUGCACUCGUCAGUCUGCCCCUCAGUCUCUGGUUUCUCCUGCAGCAGCUCGGUUACAUCGCUGUGUCCGUUCAGGUGGUUUUCCUGCUCACCUGCAUCACCAGCAGCAUUAAACCCUUUAUCUACUUCUUGGUGGGGAGUUGGAAGAGAGACUGCUCCAUGGGGAGCUGCUGGAGACACUGCUCCAUGAAGAGCUGCAGGAUACACUCCUCGAUCCAGUCCCUAAGGGAGGCAAUCCAAAGGGUGUUUGAGGAGCCAGAAAAAAACACUGCCUGUGGAGAUGAUCCCUCUGUGGACACGGGGGUCUGA